AUGUCCAAGCUCUCCAGCUAUGCCCACGUUCCGAUGAAGGACAGAAUCACCGUCACUCUCCUCUGCUGCGUGUCGUUUGUCUGCAUCGAGUCCUUGCGGAAUAACUGGCGACCGGCACUGACACAUCUGUCUAACGGCCUGCGUAUCAUUGAGAGUCUGCCCAUGAGCACGCUCAACGAGCUGCGAGACGCCGUGCCCGCUCAUGCGAGUGCAGACCCUUCGGAAGACGUCUUGGCAAUGGACUACAUCCUGAGGCUCUCCGCCACGUGGGAAACCUCCUGCGCGCUCUUUGCCGAGAACUUCAAGCCCGUUAUCGCCAUCAAGCUGUACGAGGGGCGAGAGCUCGACGGCACACUGCUGGACGAAUUCGAGACCAUUACGGAUGCGCACCGGGCCAUUGUGCAAUACACGCGUGACGUGUUCGCCCUGGUCUGGCUGACAAAGGAGCAACAAGGCGAUGACGAGUUCUGGGCUCGUCCCGUACCGCAUCGCCAGCACGAGAUCCUCAUGGAAAGAGGCGACCACCUGACGGGUCUCUUCCAACGGUUCAUGGAGACGCCCCAAGCGCCAGCGAGCGGUACAGAAGAGCACUACUCCAUCUGCCUCGACAUGCUUCACUACAAGUGCGCGCGUCUGAUAUGUCAGACACUACAUCAGAAGCCGCACCAGAGGCAGCAGUCGCCUGACGUCGUCGCUCAGCACGGGGAGCUCGUGGCGUUGGCUACCCUGCUGCAUCAAGGGUUGGUUACCAAGCAGCGAGAAACUGGGCCACUGCCUCGGUCGUUCACGCUCGAUAUUGGGAUUAUACCGCCCCUCUACUUUAUACUCGUUACCUGUCAAGAUCCCGUUAUCCAGGGGAAAGCCCUGGGAGUGCUGCGAAACUACCCGCAGCGAGAAAACCUGUGGGACGGCAACUUUGUGCGCAACUUGUUGGUCACUGUUGAGAAUGUCAGCUACGGGCCGGUUCAUCCCCUAGAGGAUGUUCCCCAUUCACUUGCAUUUGGGAAAGGCAUACCGGCUCUCUAUGAAAAGUUACAGGAGCUACCUCCCCAUCAACCAAUUCGGCGCAAGAUGGCGACAUACCCUCACGAAGUACCCGCAAUCGCCGAAGAAAAGACCGGUUUCGACCUCAACGUCCAGCAUGGACACCAGGACCUCGUCCAGGCCGUCGCCUUCAACGCCUACGGCGACCGGUGCGCGACAGGGUCCGUAGACGGCAAGAUCAAGGUCUUUAACCGGCACAAGGACGGCGUCUGGCACCACUGCGACACCUGGGGAGCCCACGGCGGCGAGAUCCUCGAGCUCCAAUGGCUUCCCCCGACAGUCUACCCGAACCUCAUCGCCUCUCUUGGCAUAGAAGGCCGCUUCAAACUGUGGGCGGAAGACCCCUCAGCAGCUCCGGGCCGCCGAUUCAGCGCCAGCAGCCGCGCGACGACGAGCAAAGCCGCCUACGAGAUGCGCUCUCCCAAAUACCCCUACCGCUCCUUUUCCAUGAAACACAACGAGGAGACGCGGCACACGUAUCUCGCUCUGCUCUCCACCGAGGGCCGCCUGGUGGUGUACGAGAACGAACAGCCCGAAAACAUGUCGGAAUACACACAAAUCGACGAGCUGAGCAUAUGCCCCAAGCCGAGCCGCGGCGAGGAGAUCAGCUUCAAGGUCCGCUUCGAUCCGAACCUGGACCCGUGCUACAAUGCCCUGAGGGCGGGCGUGGCGAGCGACUCGCUGGGGCUGGUCGUGGCGGGCAUGUCGUCGGUCAAGAUUUACCGCUCGAGGGACGUCAUUGCGACUUCGUACGGCGUAGCGCAGACACAACGAGAGUUUUACCUUGCCGUCGAGGUGGGCGUCCACCGCGGCCUCGUACGCGACGUGGCGUGGGCGACGGGGAACAUUCGAGGAUACGACACCAUCGCGACGGCGUGCCAGGACGGUUCCGUGCGCGUGUUCCGCAUCGACACGCCGCACUUGGCCCACGACGGCAAGACGUGGGCCACGACGGAGCUCACCAGGCACGAGAAUCACUAUGCGCAGGCAUCGUCCAAGGCGGGGCAGCCGAACGACAAGCAGCAGCAGCAGCAGCAGCAUCAAUCGGGGCUCAGCGCGAGCUUGGCAAAGUCUGGCUCGCAUGUGGAACGGCAUUUCUCGGGGCAGCCGGGGCAGGUGAAGCACGUCUUCAAGGAGGUUGCCAAGCUCGACAGCCACCGCACGCCCGUCUGGCGCGUCGGGUUUGACGAUGACGGGCAGAUUUUGGCCAGUACUGGGGACGAUGGCAAGCUUGUAUGCUACCGGCAGACGCCGAGCGGCACGUGGGCGAAGAGCUCCGAGUUAGCCAUGAUCAAGACGAAAAUGGCGACGGUUUGA